AUGCCACCGGAAAGCUUAGAAGACUUUGACGUCCAACUGGAGCAAUCACAAACUGAUCUGAUGGCAGCAAAUCAACGACUUAACAACAAUGCCGUCAUUAUCUACUCUCCAAAAGAUAGAAAAGAAGCCAAAGAAGUGCCUACCGAGCAGAAUAAAUCAGAAACAUGUAGUGAAACUCUGAUUACACCUGAGAGACUGGCUCUCGACUUGGCCAAUCGAGAUCUCACUAUGUAUGUUCAUAAACAAAUUUAA